AUGAGGGAAGUCAAUUUCAGUAUCCCCAAUGUCAAUAAGGCAUCGGUCGGUAUCACGACAGCUUUGUACGAUCGUCGAGCCCUUGAUUGUACUUCGACAUUACCUUUGAUCAAUUCACUCAAUCAUCUCGCCUACCUCACCACUUCAUCCGCCAGAAUUAGGGAUAUCCUUACAGUCGAUGGAGGUGUCGAAAGAUUGGUAUGCCUUCUCAAGGCUGGGAGGAGUAAGGAUAUGAUGGAUAUGUGGAAAUGGAAUUUGGCUUUUCAAUGCGUUGUCAAUAUUGGUGUACGAGGCUCGGAGAAUGUUCGAACCCGGGUUGUUGAAGCGGAUAUGGUUCCAGUAAUCGCAACAAUUCUCGACAAUUACAUCAAAGUGGUUGAUAGGUGCAGAGAGAAAGCUGAAGAAGCUAAACAGAAGGCUUUGCUGGAACAUAGACAACAAAGUGGUCGUUCUGGGGAACAUCGAAGUACACAGAAGGGGCCUUCAUUUGGCAAUCGAGCCUCGCGAUUUGAAUCCGAGUUACGAGCAUCAAGACGCCAACCUCCCCCACCGUCUAUCGACAUUCCCUCUAAUUUUUCUGGGGCUCCAUUGACGGCUGGUUCAGAUGCCAUGGAUAUUACACCAACUAGGCCUCAAUUUGCUCUUACAUCUCCCCCAGAGCGAACUACCUUUUCUGUCCACAGACAUCAUCACCAUCACAGAAAUCAGGAUGCGAGACAACACUUCUUGUCACCACGCCAUAAUAUUCAACCACUUGCGACUGCAGUUCCAUCAAUGGAUGCAGCUGAUGGCUUCAAUAUCAGACCUGUGAGAAAUGUUGACCGUUUGCCUUCAAUGGUACCAGGAUUCCAAGGUGGCCUGACGUCUCAACCCGAAUCUCCAACAACUCCUCUCCCUCCUGCACAAAUGCGGUCUCCUACCGUUCGGGCAACAUCAAUUUCUGUUGGCACACCUCGGUCACGAAGACGUCCUUCCAUCAGACAUCAACUUUCAACUGCUGCUGAUACAGAAGAUCUGAAUGCUGAUAGUAUGGCAUCUGAUGAGUCUGGGGAACCUGAUAUCACCGGCGUAAGCACAGCUGAAAUUCAAACUACAACUGUGAAUAUUCAGGAUGUAAGUAUGGAUGAGAAUGAUAGUAUGCUCACGGCCGUCGAAACACCACUUGGUCUAACCACUCCCACCGUUUCCGAGGCACAGGAUGCCGGGACAUUCAAUAUCACCCACCGAUCUGCCAUGGAUGGCAGCAUGAUUAAUGAUGCUACAACUCCAACUGAGCCAACAAUUGGUCUUUCACCAGCUCAACCAACUACCGUCAACACACCACCUACCAUGCCACCAACAACAAUUCCAAGAUAUUUCUUGGAUAGACCAACACCACCACAAGGACAAGUUUUGGCUGCUAUGCCACGAGAUGAGGAUGUAUUAAUGUCUCUUCAGCUUUUAGCAUACGUUUCCAAAUACUGCAAUUUAAGAUCUUACUUCCAACAGUCUCAUCUUGUUCCAAAACUCAAGAUUGGUUCUGAACUGCACUUACUCGAUGUCGAUGAGAAUCUCUCUUCCAACGCCACUUCCCCAGCCUCGUGCUCCUCUCAUUCCCACGAUGACGAAGAAGAAGAAGAAUAUUUACUUCCAGACGAUUUCAACAUUUUCCCAUUGGUCGAAAAAUUCACCGUCAGACAUCAUAGUCAAGAUAUGCAAUACUGGGCAGGAGUUGUCAUGAGGAAUUUAUGCCGAAAGGAUGAUGCUCGCAAUUCGCCAAAUGCAGAAGAUGCAGAAGAACAAAAUAUUGCAGCAAAGAAUGCCAGAAAAGCGCAUGGGUAUUUCAUCGACAUUGGUGUGUUCAAGCAUCUCAGUGAUCACAUCACUUACCAAAAAUAA